UUGAAAACAGCAAGAGCAAAAAAGAGAUGCCCUAUGCCUUUCUCCAUAUGAGAUUCACACUGAAUUAUCUGGACAAAAUGAGAUGCUUGAGAAAGCGAUCUGCAGUUUCCUUCCUAGGAGUCCUUGUCAUCUGCUUGUUGUUCAUGAAUUUAUACAUUGAAGAUAGCUAUGUCUUGGAUGGAGACAAACAGUUAAUCAGAGAAACAGCCACACAUCAAUUAAACUCAGAGCGAUACGUUCACACGUUUAAAGAUCUGUCCAAUUUCUCAGGAUCAAUAAAUGUUUCCUACCGCUAUCUGGCUGGCACACCUUUGCUAAGAAAAAGGUAUCUAACCAUUGGACUGUCCUCUGUCAAAAGGAAAAAGGGGAAUUAUUUGCUGGAGACUAUCAAGUCCAUCUUUGAGCAGUCAAGUUAUGAAGAGCUGAAGGAAAUUGCAGUAGUGGUCCACCUGGCAGAGUUUGAUUCAUCUUGGUGCGAUGGGAUGGUUCAGGAUAUUUCACAGAAAUUUGCCCAUCAUGUAAUUGCUGGGAGGUUAAUGGUGAUCCAUACGCCUGAAGAAUACUACCCUGUAUUGGAUGGCCUUAAGAGAAAUUAUAAUGACCCAGAGGACCGAGUGAAAUUUCGUUCCAAGCAAAAUGUAGAUUAUGCUUUCUUGCUUAACUUUUGUGCUAACCUUUCUGAUUAUUAUGUGAUGCUAGAAGAUGAUGUUCGGUGUGCAAAAAACUUCUUGACUGUUGUUAAGAAAGUCAUAACCUCACGAGAAGGAACAUACUGGGUGACGUUAGAAUUUUCAAAGUUGGGCUACAUUGGGAAGUUGUACCACUCCCACGAUCUCCCUCGCCUGGCCCAUUUCUUGCUGAUGUUCUACCAGGAAAUGCCUUGUGACUGGCUGCUGAUACAUUUCCGUGGGCUGUUGGCUCAAAAGGAUGUGAUACGUUUCAAACCAUCUCUCUUCCAGCAUAUGGGAUAUUAUUCAUCCUACAAGGGUGCUGAGAAUAAAUUGAAAGAUGAUGACUUUGAAGAGGAUUCAUUUGACCUUCCCGAUAACCCACCUGCCAACCUGCACACUAACAUGAAUGUAUUUGAAAACUACGAGGCAAGCAAGGCAUAUAGUAGCGUUGACGAGUACUUCUGGGGCAAAGCUCCCUCGACUGGAGAUUUCUAUAUGAUCGUCUUUGAAAAACCUAUUAAAAUUAGCAGAAUUAAAGUUGUCACUGGGACAGAAGACCGACAAAAUGAUAUCUUGCAUCAUGGGGCUCUGGAAGUUGGGGAAAGAAUUGUUGGUGGCAAAAAAGGGAGACAAUGUACUACUUUCUUGCGGCUAGGGGAGUUUAAAAAUGGAAACUUUGAAAUUGCAAAUGUGGAGCACAAAGUUCUUUUUGAUAUUAACUGUAUGAGAAUACUUGUUACCAAAAGCCAAAAGGAAUGGUUGAUCAUUCGGAGCAUUAGCAUAUGGACUUCACAGAGCCCAAGUCAAUAAGGCAAAUGUAUCACAGUAGGUUUUUCUCCUUCCUUAUAAGGGAAGCAGGCCCCAUCGCUUGAAUCCCAAAAAUGGUGCCACUCCCUAAAUGACUUCACCCAACCCGAUUUUUACUAAAGACAUUGUCAAUCUGGGAAAUCAUAAAACAAACAAAAGCAAUCUAGUUUUUCCUAGUUCA